AGUACUGUUACUUUUAUGGGUUGUCAAUGCAGUGAGCAUUUCGCAAUUAUUCAGAUGGCGUUAAUAAGUUAUUUGAUUCCGUCUUUCUUCUCUUUAUGCUGCUCAUUUGCAAAAGUCAAUAACGUUUCUGUUUAAUGGGACCGAUGACCACCUAUUCUGAUGUAGUCUACAGUAUGUGCAUGUAUUGAAACUGCAAAAUACGGUCUCAUAACUGUUGAUUUGAUGACUGAGUUUCAUUUCCUUGUCUGUCAUCAUCGGAGCGCUUCCUAGCGGGACGCUGCUCGCCUCUGUCUCAGUCCCGCAGCACCGGCUCAGUAUGGGGACAAGCAGCCCUUAAGCGAAGUUGGGUCGGUACCGCCUGCCAUAUGGUCGGCUUACGGCGGCCGCGGUCCGUGCAUUUUGGAAGAGAAGGUCCGAUUAUGCACCGUGUGCAGAAGUACAGUGGAGUCGAUUGCUCUAAGAAGAACUCCUAAACAUAUGGAGGGAUUAUAUUUUGAGGUGAAACGCAAAUCGGACUCGAAGCAGGAGCAAGUCGGCAGUCAAACAGACAGAUACUUCCUUCAUGCUCAACUGCCACAGGGUGGGCUGGAGGACGGGGACGAGGAGGUCCAGUACAGGCUUCAGCUGGUCGGCUCCCUCUCCGUACACCCACUCACCACAAUGACCAUGCUGCCCUGGAUAGUGGCAGAGAUCCGCAGACCUCAGGACCUCGAGAAAGACAGAGGCAGUACCAACACCAGCAUCUGCGCCUUCCGGGACCUGCCCGUGUGUCUGCGGAUUUCGGGCUCUGCCGUGCGCUGCUGCCUGGACACGGCUCCUCAGAAGGUUUGGGACCCCCUGCACCACACCGUGCUGUUUGAGUACCGGCCCCAUCACAUCCACAAGCUGAUCCACAACAGUCAGGAACCGAGCUACUUUGGUUGUUUGGCCCGCGAGCAGUCCAGGAGCACCUGUCACGUGCUGCGCUGUGAGGACCACAGCAAGGUUCCAGAGAUCAUCAGCACUCUGCGUCAAGCGGGAAAGAGCUCGGCACGGCAGGAGGAGCCCCCGGGGUCCAGGUUCCAGGACGGCAGGGUCCCAGAUGACAUGAGCGACGCUGCGGCCUUUGCCAAGAAGUUCGAGGUGCUCUUCUGCGGGCGUGUCUGCGUGGCACACAAGAAGGCCCCGCCAGCCCUGAUCGAUGAAUGCAUUGAGAAGUUUGGGCACGCUAGCGGGGGGCGCGACCCAGGCCAUGGGGAACCCCAAAGAGAGCGGCGACAGCGUGGGCACACACAUCAGACGGGCCCUCUUCCCCCAGGCCCCACCCUCCGGGGCCCGUGGGACGGUAGCAGUGCUCAGAAGACUGUGUUUUUCCGGAAGGACCCCAGCUUCCCUUCGCUGCAGGCUCUGGAUGAAAACGGGCUCUCUCCAGAGCUACACAGCAGUGCCACCAACGGGCCGACCGGAGUGCAGCCUACUAGCAUCCGGGAGAACCGCACCAUGCUGUUCACGAUCGGCAAAUCCCAGAUCUUUCUGGUGAGUCCGGACACCAAAAAAGUAGCCAUGGAAAAGGGCUUUCGGGAAAUAUCCUUCUGCUCACAGGGCAUCCGGCACGUCGACCACUUCGGAUUUAUCUGCAGGGAAUCUCUGGAGGGCGGAAGCUUCCAGUUCGUCUGCUAUGUCUUUCAGUGCAACGAUGAGGCUCUGGUGGACGAGAUUAUGCUGACUUUGAAGCAGGCGUUCUCCGUGGCCGCCUUGCAGCAGACGUCGAGGACCCAGAGCCAGCAGUGCGAGUUCUGCCCCAUGCAACGGCUUCACCGACUGUGUGAGAGGAUAGAAGGUCUUCACCCAUCAAAAGUGAAGCUGGAGCUCCAAAAACAUCUGGCCACGCUUCAGAAUGAGCAGCAGGCGUCCAUCUUCGAGAGCAUUUUGAGGGCCCGGCCCAAAACGGAGCAGGAGGAGAACGAGCUGGUGGUAGCGAGUCUGCGCAGCUUGUAUGAGGAGCUGCAGAGAGCCCACUCGCAUGGCUGCGAUGGCAGCGUGAACCAGCAGGCAGCUGGGGGCAUGACGGAGGAGAUGGGCGAUUCGAGCAUGAGCAGCAACCGGCAGCGUCUUGAACAGUUCACGAGCCGGGCAAAGAAGUCGUUGGCGGAGUCGCUGGAGGGCAUCUGGAAGGGAGGCGGGAAGUCCAGGCUACAGCGAGAGGACAACGAAGGCCGGGGGGCCCAGUGCAGCUCCUCGAGCUCCCCCCUCAGCCGCCUCCGCCAGGAGGUAUCCCGGGAGGAUCCUGUUUCCCCCUUGCGUCUUCCCACCAGCCCCCUGAAGGCCCAUAAUUCCACGGGGGACCUGCAGCAGCUGAAGGCGCCGUCGCCCGACCUGCAGAGGCCGCUUCUGCGCCGCCGCGCCAGCACCUUCAGCCACCUGCCUACGCCGUCGCCCACGGGGCCGCCGCCCCCCCAGGAGCCCACGGCCUCCACCAAGCCCAAGCUGGUGCGCCACUACUCCGUCAGCACCGACAGCCCCCACCAGAGCAAGCCCAUCCCUGGCGAUGGCGCUGCCCCGUUCUCCUCGCCCUCCACCUCCGCAGCCCAGCUGGUACCCUCCGCCUCAUCUCCGAGCUUCUUUAGGUCUCUAAAGCCCAGCCCCAGCCUGAAGUGGAGCCCCCACAGCUCUUCCCACCUCAGUGGUUUCCGUGCUCGGCUGCACUCCUCUUCCUCUGUCCCCAACUUUCUCAAAUUCCUGGCCCCCGUGCAUGGGAACGGCGCCCCCAAAUGUAAAAGUGACGUGGCCGCCCUCAGCAGUCCCGCGGUAGUGGCCGUUGUCGGCGAAGACAGCCCCCUGAGGAAUCGCCGCCACUCCUGGAGGCAGCAGAUCUUCCUGAGGGUGGCCACACCCCAGAAGACGUGUGACACGCCCUCCAGAUAUGACGACCGUGACGGUGGCUCGUGGGAGCUGGGAGCCCUUGCAGGCCUGGGCCCCGGGGCCGGCGAGAGCCCCCUGGGGGCCGUGCCGGAGGAGCGGCGGAGGCGCAGCCGGGCGGAGCUGCGGGAGCUGUGGCGCAAGGCCGUGCUGCAGCAGAUCCUGCUGCUCAGGAUGGAGCGAGAGAACCUGAAACUGCAGGCUUCUGAGAAUGACCUUCAGAACAAACGCCUGAAGCUGGUCUAUGAGGAGAUCACACCUUGCCUGAAGGACGUCACCCAGGUGUGGGAGAAGAUGCUGGGGACAGUGGGGAGGGCCAAGAUCAAGUUCGACAUGGAGAAGAUCCAUGCGGCCGUGGGGCAGGGAGUGCCCAGGCAGCACCGUGGCGAGAUCUGGAAGUUUCUGAGCGAGCAGUACCUUCUCCGUCAGCCGGUGACCAGCCACCCGCCGGGCAGGGACACGCCCUACAAGGAGCUCUUGAAGCAGCUCACUUCCCACCAGCACGCCAUCCUCGUCGACCUGGGACGCACCUUCCCCACGCACCCCUACUUCUCGGCCCAGCUGGGGGCCGGCCAGCUGUCCCUCUACAACCUGCUGAAGGCCUACUCGCUGCUGGACCCCGAGGUGGGCUAUUGCCAGGGCCUCAGUUUCGUGGCCGGGGUGCUGCUGCUGCAUAUGGACGAGCGCGAGGCUUACGGCCUGCUCCGGUUCCUCAUGUUUGACAUGGGUCUGCGCAGGCAGUAUCGGCCGGACAUGAUUAUCCUGCAGGUCCAGAUGUACCAGCUGUCCCGGCUCCUCCAUGACUACCACCGGGACCUCUACUGCCACCUGGAGCAGCACGAGAUCGGGCCCAGCCUGUACGCCGCGCCCUGGUUCCUCACCGCCUUCGCCUCCCACUUCCCCCUAGGCUUCGUCGCCCGCGUCUUCGACAUGCUAUUCCUCCAGGGGUCAGAGGUCAUCUUCAAGGUGGCGCUCAGCCUGCUGGGUAGCCACAAGCCGCUGAUUCUGCAGCACGACAACCUGGAGGCCAUCGUGGACUUCAUCAAGACCACGCUGCCCAACCUGGGCCUGGUGCAGAUGGAGAAGACCAUCAACCAGGUCUUCGAGAUGGACCUGUCCAAGCAGCUGCAGGCCUACGAGGUGGAGUACCAUGUGCUACAGGACGAGCUGCUGGACGGGCCGUCGCCGCUGAGCCAGGCGCAGCGGGCAGCGCAGCUGGAGAAGGCCAUCAGCAGCCUGCGGCAGCAGAACCUGGACCUUCUGGAGGAGCUGCAGGUGGCUCACGCGAAAAUCCGCAGCCUGGAGUCCAACGUGGAGGGCCUGCUGGGCAGCGAGAGCGGCCUGCGGCAGGAGGUGUGCGCUCUGGAGCGGGACCGGGCCGAGCUCACGGACACUGUGGCAGUGCUCAGGGCCCAACUGGCCUGCGUUGAGGGCCAGGGGGUGGGGCCCAGCACUAACGGGCCGCCCCCUUUGAUGUGAUGAUGACCGCGUGAUCGUCCCCAAGGAGACGAGCAGACCCCUGGUCCCGGGAAGCCUUGGGGAGAGGAGCGAGGCCCGGGGCCGUUGUGGACUCAGCUCCUCUGCACCGAACAAGCAAAGGCUGAACUCAUGUAGCCUGUGUGUGUCUGUGACAAGAUGGUGUUAUCUUGACAGGGUGGUGGGGGUCACACCCCCACACUCUCCUCCGUCACUCCUCAGUAAUCUCCCCCUGCCCAUCACCAUGUCAGUGACCCUCCAGCCCCCCCACUGUCACUCCAGUUGCCAGCCGGGACGGUGUCCGUUCACCUUGGGAGCACGCAUGUGCGUGCGGGUUCAUUCUGACAUGCGUGCGUGCGUGUCUCGCCCGAGCUACACAUGAUGGGGGGGGGGGGGGUGAUUCAUAUUUGCACGUUUGUUUUAAUUACUGUUAUGAAGCUUACGUAUACACUGCAUUUUCUUCAGCAAUACCGUAGUAAAGAUUUAAUCUUUUUUA